AAACCAAAACAAAACAAAACAAAAAAACUUUAAUUUCUGAGCUAUUGCUUAAAUUUUUUCUUAAAAUUCUAUAUGGCUCUCCGGGCUUGGGCUUAGGUUCCGGCAGCAUGGCUAAACGCACCAAGAUCGUUGGGAAAUACAGGACCCGCUAUGGUGCCUCCCUCCAGAAAAUGGUGAAGAAAAUUGAAAUCAGCCAGCAUGCCAAGUACACCUGCUCCUUCUGCGGCAAGACUAAGAUGAAGAGAGGAGCCGUUGGCAUCUGGCACUGUGGUUCCUGCAUGAAAACGGUGGCUGUCGGGUCCUGGACGUACAACACAGCUUCUGCAGUCACAGUGAAGUCUGCCAUUAGAAGACUGAAGAAACUGAAGGACCAGUAGAAGUGUACCGCCUGAGACCUGCCUAGCCGCUGAUAAAUGGUUAAUCUGCGUAAAAAAAAAUUCUCUGUGUAUAAAUGUUUUACUUGUGUAUAUGUCUCUGAACCACAUGUACAUGUGGAGACUGCAGAGGAUUUUAGAUAUCAUGCAACUGGAGUGACCCCACACCAUGUGGGUGCUAGGACUCAAACCUGGGUCCUAUGGAAGAUCAGUCAAUGCUCUUAACUGCCUGCUAAGCUCUCUCCCCAGCCCCCUUGAGUGACUUUUUAAGUAAAACAAGGAUUAUUCAGACUUCCUGUGGUGCCACGACAGUUCAUCUUGUGGGUAGAUGGUAUGGUAACUUAGUUGGCUCCUGAGUGAUUUAAGGGCAUAGGUAGGCAGCACAUACAGCAUAGACACACUAGAUGGGGGACAGCUGAUCACAGAUAAAUGAAACUUCGGUAACUAAAAUGAGAGAAAUAGGGAAAUAUCAUAAUAUUUUUUUCCUUUCCCAUUUACCAGGAAAAAUAAAUGUGGUACCCCUUUGUUACAACCACAGUAUCUCAAGAAAGUUUUGAGAAAAGUUAAACUGACUAACUCUCAACAUCUGAAGGUCUUGCCUUUUCCACUUAAGCUAUGUGAACUCUCUGCUGUGUUCUAUUAUUUAGUGAUACAGAUAAAAUAUUGAUUUUAGGUAUUCUUCACCCCCCCCAACAGGCUGUUUGUAGAACUCUUUAUUUUUACAAGAAUGUCUAGACACACACAAAGAAUCAAUAAAUUCAAAUUCUAAAAUGA